AUGGCUUCCAAAAAUCCCGUAAUGAUACGUGAACUUCACACAAACCACAACUCGUGUUCCAUAACUGUAAGGAUCAUCCGGUUGUGGAAACAACCUGUGUAUGGCAAUGUGAACAACAUCGGAAGCAUCGAGAUGAUCAUAAUGGAUGCAGCGGGUCAGCGGAUUCAAGCUUCUGUCAGGAAAAAUGUAAUACCUACCUUUGAGAAACUGCUGGUCGAAGGUGGAGCGAUAUGCAUGAAUGUGAUUGGUAAAGUUUCUGGAUAUGGUGAUGUGAUCAUUGGUGAUAAAAAUGGUUCCCCAAAUCAAAUGAUGGAUGUGCAAUUGCAAGACAUUGUUGGUAACAAGAUGAAGGUAACAUUCUGGGAUUCAUAUGUGGAUGACUUCAAGGCAAAAUUUAACAAUGACAAGGCUGCUGUUAAUGUGAUGAUUGUACAGUUUGCGAAGUUGCGAGAAUGGAGAGGAAUCUUCUCUGUAUCUCAUGGUUUCAAUGUUGCCCGUAUUUUCAUGAAUAAUAAUAUCGAUGAAAUCAAUGCCUUCAAAAAAAGGCAACAUCAUGUGUUGCGGUUGCAACAAUUCACUCCAUCGAAACCGACCAGCCUUGGUACUACAUUGCAUGCCGCAAAUGUAGCAAGAAGGUAA